GACAUCUGUGAGGACCCCCACCUCUUUGUGGAUGGGAUCAGCUCCCAUGACUUACACCAAGGGCAGGUGGGCAACUGCUGGUUCGUGGCCGCCUGCUCAGCGUUGGCGUCCAGAGAGGCUCUGUGGCAGAAGGUAAUUCCGGAUUGGAAAGAGCAGGAAUGGUCCUCGGAAAAACCGCAAAGCUACGCCGGGAUUUUCCAUUUCCAGUUCUGGCGUUUUGGCCGGUGGAUCGACGUGGUGAUUGACGACCGCCUGCCGACGCUCCAUAACCAGCUCAUCUACUGCCAUUCCAACUCCAAGAACGAGCUCUGGUGCGCCUUGGUGGAAAAAGCCUAUGCGAAACUCUCAGGAUGCUACGAAGCCUUGGAUGGAGGCAACACGGGCGAUGCCUUGGUGGAUUUUACUGGCGGGGUCUCGGAGCCCAUCGACCUGGUCGAAGGCGGCUACGCCAGUGACGAAGACAAACGGAACCUCCUUUUCGAGAGGGUGUUGAAGGUCCAUAACCGAGGAGGCCUCAUCAGUUGCUCCAUCAAAGUAAGCAGGUCUUCUCAGCACAAAGACUCGGAGGAAUGGCAGAAAGUCAGCAGCGGUGAACGAGAGAAACUAGGGAUGACCGUGGAGGAUGAUGGAGAGUUUUGGAUGGCCUUUGAUGACUUCUGUAGAUACUUCACCGACAUCAUCAAAUGCCGCCUGAUCAACACAUCCUACCUGAGCAUCCAUAAGACGUGGGAAGAAGCCGUCUUGAAGGGCGCCUGGACGCGGCACGAAGACCCUUUGAAGAACCGCUGUGGAGGCUGCAUCAACAACCGGGAGACUUUCCUACAAAACCCCCAGUACGUUUUCGAUGUGAAGAAACCAGACGACGAAGUGUUGGUUUGCAUCCAGCAAAAGCCCAAACGGACCAGCCAGAAGGAAGGGAAAGGAGAAAACCUCGCCAUAGGAUUUGACAUCUUCAAGGUGGAACUCAACCGGACGUACCGAAUGCACACUUUACAGACCAAAGUUGCCACCUCCAUCUACAUCAAUUCCCGUAGUGUCUUCCUGAGGACGGAUCUGAAAGAAGGUCGCUAUGUCAUCAUACCGACCACUUUCGAUGCUGGCCAUGUGGCCGAAUUCCUGCUCAGGCAGUUCACAGACGUGCCUUCUGAGUGCCAAGAACUGACCUUGGACGAGCCCCCUCACACCUGCUGGAGUGGAAUAUGUGGCUAUCCCCAAUUGGUGUCCCAGGUCUAUGUCAUCUCGGCUUCCGGGCUCAAGAACCAAGGCUCCGAAGAAGGAGUGGAUCCCUAUGUGAUCAUCAAGUGCGAAGGGGAGAAAGUCCGAUCACCGGUCCUGAAGAACACUCUGACGCCGGAAUUUGAUGUAAAAGGACUUUUCUACCGCAAGAAACCGGGGCAGCCGGUCAUAAUUCAGAUCUGGAACCACAACCUGAUCACAGAUGAGUUUCUGGGUCAAGUCGCCUUGGCCGGAGACCCCAACGAGCUUCACCCUUUACACAUUCUCCACCUCCAAGACAGAGGGAACAAACGGGUUUCGGAACUGCCCGGCGUCCUUAAGGUGCAGUUGCUGAGUAACAACGUUCUCACUAGCAUCUGA